AUGUUAAGCCGAAAACCUGCAACAGAUGCUUUCCAACGUACAACAACUGCAGUAACACUUAUAUCUGGUGGUGAAAAAGAAAAUGUUUUACCAACAUCAGCUUCAGCUACUGUUAAUCAUCGUACUCAUACAGCUGAUUCGUGUCAAAAAAUUCUGGAAAAUAAUCGUCGUAUAAUCAAUGAUGAUCGUCUUGUUCCUCAAAUAAAGACAUGUUCAGAACCGUCACCUAUAUCACCAUAUGGUAAACAUAUUUAUGCAUAUCGUAUUCUUGAACAAACAAUACGUCAAACAUUUGAAAGAGAUCGUCAACCUAUCAUUGUUGCACCUGGUUUAAUGUUAGCUGCAACAGAUAGUAGAUCAUAUACAAAUUUAACAAAAAAUUUAUAUCGUUAUUCUCCAUUUGUUUAUGGUGAUGAUGAUUACGGUCGUCUUCAUGGUGAUAAUGAACGUAUAAGACAUAGUGACAUGCAGCGAGGAUUAAAUUUUUAUUUUCAUCUUAUUGUUAACAAUCAACUUGAAAGUAUCUCUGAAAAAAAAUUAAAUUGA